AUGUUCUUUGGGAUCAGACGCGAUAUCGGAAAAGAACAGUUCAACCAGCUCAAGAGAGCCGUCCAGCGAGCUGAUACGGCCAUGGGGAGAUACCUCUUGGCCUGCGGCAACAUGAACGCUAUGGAGUGGGACGUCCGACGGCGCGCUGCUUUUACUGCGUACCGGCACAUCGAGGAGCAUUUGCACCAUUACGCUAGUCCUUCACAACUGAGAGAAUUCCUCAAAUUGAGGCAGUCGCCACCUCCGCCCUCGGCCGAGUUGUUGGAGGAAUCCUUGGCUGAGAAGGGGAGACAAGAGCGGACAACGUCAGCACAUGCUGGGGUCGAUAGGCUCCGUGCCUGUUAG